GCGAGGAAAGCUGCUAGCGGGUGUUGCUGUUGUUUUCGAAAGAAGGGUUUCGGUCUGGGUCGUAGCGCCCGGGUGGUGUGCGGGUGGAGGAGGGAGAAGUCUGAACUGCAUGGCCAUGCUCCCGCUCGUCAGACUCGGAGAAUUGGGUUCAUCUGGAAGUAUAGCGAACGGGAAGAACUGCCAUCAAGGCGAUAUCCGUGA